AGUUGGAAGGUUCAUGGCCUGAAGACUAUAGGGUACAGACGAAGAAGAAGAUGUUGCAGAGAGGAAGACAAAAGGCUUUUUCUUAUACUAAACCCUUGAAAAUUAUUCGGUAUCUUUGAAUGAAACGGACUUUGAUUAUUGGAUUUUUUAUGUUAAUCACUUUCAUUGGCUACGUGAACUUUGUAACCAUCGAAAUGUUGUCUCAAGCCUCGGAAUUUCCGGGGGGAAAACGUUUAACCUCAAAAUGAUUCAAACCAUCUCCAUCCUUAUUGUUUCUCUUCUUCCAGAGCUGUAAUCUUCCUCAGUAAUGGCUCAGAAACAUCCUCAUGUCCCAAAAUUUGGCAACUGGGAGAAAGAUAACAUCCCAUAUACAACCUACUUUGAAAAUGCGCGCAAAGAGAAAGCCGCUGUGAGGAUGAACCCAAAUGAUCCAGAGGAGAAUCCACAGGCCUUCAUGUAUGGGAGAGGAGAUCUGGUAGGCCAUGGGGAUUUCCGACCAGUUCAGACUCCUGUCUAUGUUGAAUCUGAUAAGUACAUUUCAGUAGAAAAACAAGGUAUUGAGAGUCAUGCAGUGCAUAAUCCUCAAGGGAGACAGAAGAGCAUCAAAUCAGAAUUUGGGAGCAAUAAAAGUCAUUCUGAUUAUUCACAUCUGCAGCUUGGUCACAGACCUUUAAAAUCUGAUCGAAGUAAGCGUCCAGGUGAAGGAAGUAACAGCUUUUCUACAUCAGUACAAGGAGACCCCAGGCAGAAAAGUGGAAGUUAUUCAUCUGAUGAAACCCAGCGGCAUCAUAGAACAGUAUCGGUACCCAAAUUUGGAGCUUGGGACGAAACGGACCCGAAAUCAGGUGAAGGUUUUACUAUCAUAUUCAACGAAGUGAAGAAGGAGAAGCAAAUUGCAUCUACCAAGUUCCCAACUGUGCAUUCAAAAGCAAGCAGUCAUUCAGAUGGUCAGAGAUGUACUUCAACUUCUUCUCCCUCCAAGUCGAAGGGAUGUUGUGGUUUAUUUUCACGCAAGUGAUUCAUGUGGUUCAUCAGCAAAUUCAUAUAUGGCAUCGAUGGUUCUCAUUGAAGUUACAUACGAACAAUUGAAAUAUCAUUUUUAACAAUAUUAUUUGUGAUCUUUUGUUGAGAAUGUUCCUUUGUAGUAUGUGCUCUUAUUUUGGCAAUGUAUGAAAGGUCAAAAAUUUGGUAAAGAAAUUGUGCAUGUAUUUGUUUAUAUUGUUUCUAGAUCUGAUGCAGACUUUCCAUAGUUCAUCUGUAUUCAAUAAGUUUGUGCAUGUAUUAUUUUUUCUUUUACAAUUUGUAGUCAUUGAAAAAUAUCUAUUAAAUAACGUAUUAGUUUAGAUGCAACAA